CAAUCAAUCCAACAACAGCCGGUACUCGAACUUUAGAAGACACGUGUCACGAUGGGAAUCGACAACUCACAAUCACCGAAAAGGCAUCACAUGGAGAUGUUUGACUACGGUUAACAUUUAACCGAACCAGAGUCGCCUUUUAACUUGCGACCUCUCUCUCUCUCUCUCUCUCUCUCUCUCUCUCUCUCUCUCUCUCUCUCUCCCCAUCAUCCUCACACUCAAUCUUCUUUGGCUCACUUCUUGAUUCACAAUCUUCCCGUUAGAUCAUCAAGAUCUCUCGAGCGCGGCGGCAAUGCAGCAGAAGCGAGUUGCGUCGUCGUCGUUUCCCGAAGAAGUUCUGGAGCACGUAUUCUCCUUUCUCCACCUCGACAAGGACAGGAACUCCGUCUCUCUCGUCUGCAAGUCGUGGUACGAGAUCGAGCGGUGGUGCAGGAGGAGAGUCUUCAUCGGGAACUGCUACGCCGUGAGCCCCGCCGCGGUGAUAAGCCGGUUCCCGAGAGCGAGAUACGUGGAGCUGAAGGGGAAACCGCACUUCGCCGACUUCAAUUUGGUGCCGGAGGGGUGGGGAGGGUGCGUGUACCCGUGGAUCGAGGCGAUGUCGACGGCGUACACGUGGCUGGAGGAGAUUAGGUUGAAGAGGAUGGUGGUGAGCGACGAGUGCUUGGAGCUUAUAGCCAAGUCGUUUAAGAGUUUCAAAGUUCUCGUGCUUUCUUCCUGCGAUGGCUUCUCCACCGAUGGCCUCGCUGCGAUCGCCGCCUCUUGCAGGAAUCUGAGAGAGCUUGAUUUGCGUGAGAGUGAUGUGGAAGAUGUUAGCGGACACUGGCUUAGCCAUUUCCCUGAUACAUACACAUCUCUGGUAUCACUCAACAUCUCUUGCUUAGCCGCCUCUGAUGUAUGUUUCUCUGCUCUGGAGAGGCUGGUGAGUAGGUGUCCCAAUCUCAAGUCUCUCAAGCUUAACCGAGCUGUUCCUCUCGAGAAAUUGGCUACUUUACUUAAAAGAGCACCUCAGCUGGAGGAAUUGGGCACCGGUGUGUACACUGCUGAUGUGCGCUCAGAUUUGUUCUCUGAUUUGUAUGUAGCUCUCUCUGGUUGCAAGAAGUUGAAGUGCUUAUCUGGCCUUUGGGAUGCUGCUCCUGCUUAUCUUCCAGCUGUUUAUUCGGUUUGCAGUCGGCUUACGACUUUGAACCUGAGUUAUGCAACAGUCCAGAGCUAUGAUCUUGUCAAGCUUAUUAGCCAAUGUCAUAAAUUGCAGCGGCUCUGGGUGCUGGACUACAUCGAAGAUGCUGGUCUUGAUGUGCUUGCUUCAACCUGCAAGGACCUUACAGAGCUGAGAGUGUUUCCGUCUGAGCCUUUUGUAAUGGAGCCAAACGUCGCAUUGACGGAGAAAGGGCUUGUCUCCGUCUCUGUUGGCUGUCCAAAGCUCGAGUCGGUUCUUUACUUUUGCCGCCAAAUGACCAAUGAUGCGUUGGUAACCAUUGCUAUGAACCGUCCCAACAUGACUCGCUUCCGUUUGUGCAUCAUUGAGCCGAAAGCCCCUGACCAUCUAACACUAGAGCCACUGGAUAUGGGAUUCGGAGCCAUAGUUGAGCACUGCAAAGAUCUACGGCGGCUCUCCCUAUCAGGGCUGUUGACGGACAAAGUUUUUGAAUACAUUGGGAAGUAUGCAAAGAAGAUGAAAAUGCUCUCAGUGGCGUUUGCAGGAGACAGUGACUUAGGGAUGCAUCAUGUUUUGUCAGGGUGCGAUAGCCUGAGGAAACUAGAGAUAAGAGACUGCCCUUUUGGAGACAAGGCGCUAUUGGCAAAUGCUUCAAAGCUGGAGACAAUGCGAUCUCUUUGGAUGUCUUCUUGUUCCGUGAGUUUUGGAGCCUGUAAGUUGUUAGGACAGAAAAUGCCAAUGCUCAAUGUGGAAGUCAUCGAUGAGCGGGGUCCACCUGACUCGAGACCUGAGAGCUGCCCUGUUGAGAGAGUGUUCAUAUACCGAACAGUAGCGGGUCCUCGGUUUGACAUGCCUGGCUUCGUCUGGAACAUGGACCAACAACGCUCAACAAUGAGGUUUUCCAGGCAGAUCAUCACUACUAACGGGUUAUGACAAAACAGAAAUUUAAACGAGGUGCAUUCUUUCAUUCAGUCCUUGCUCAUCAUCUCCCCAUAUAAAUUGUUCCAGUUUAGGAACACGGGAGAGAGAGAGAGGUAGAGCUCGGUAAGAGCAAUGAGUAAGAGAGGAUAGAGAUCUGAGAGACCUUUCUUUAUAAAUAUUGUUGUCUGUUUGUUUGUAUACUUGCUGAGAGAUCCUGGUAGGGUGUUAUUUUCCUUAAGAGAAUGAUGAUAAAAGAUUUUUGUAAAAGACAACAGUAUCAAAAAUGUAACUGCUCUACGUGUUUUGGACUCUUGUUUUUUAUCCUUUUCAUUUGUCCGAUUAGAGAAAUGGCUGUUUGCAGAGUUUGUUAGCUCAAGGAACAGCACACACUUGUUUAGAGCAUCAUUAUCGCGGUUGUUUAGGUGGGUAGCUUAACUUAAUUGGAAUUAAAAAUAAAAGAAAAUUCCCUAUUUAACUAAACAACGUCGCUUAAUUAGGCGUUCUAAACAACGUCGCUUACCGGACACGCGUCGCACAUAGACGAUUUGUACUCUCUGUCUUCUCUAUCUCUCUCCCCACUUCGUGUACUCCGUCGGUUUCCAUUCCAAAUCGUGGUGAUUGAUCUCUUCUCUCCAUUUCGACUCAGUCGACGAUUCCGGGUCUCGUAUUUGAUCUUUCGCUGGUCGGUGUCUCCGUCGGUGUCUCUCUCGUGGUUGUCGUCGACGAAUCCGCCUAUCAUCUGUGAUCUCUCCUUGAUACAGAGUAUCACUCGGCGUCUCUCUCGGAGUCCCUCCUCGACGACUCUGCUUCUGUUCCUUCAUCAACGAUUAAACCAUCCGUCUCUCUAUCGACGGUUCUCCUCGACGGUCGGUCGAAUCGAAUCGAAAGUGAUUCAUGUCUCUGACAUUGUGUGCUUUACUUGACGUAUUUGGGGCUUUGCAAGAUGCUUGAGCCUAACCGUGAGCGCUUUAACCGUGGUUGUAACUGGUAAGGAUAUUAACAGGACUACCGUUUUCAACUGAUGCAAAGUUGAAACAGUCGCAAGCCAUACUUUUAUAAAGUCUAGACUUGUGUAGUCACAGUCUUCUGUCUAUGUCUUCUCUCAUGUGUAGUUACUUUUUUAAUCUUGUGUAGUCACUUGUUUACUAGUGACUUGUGUACUCUCAUUCUCUAUAUAAAGUUUCUGAUCAGCACUUUUGUUUUCUCAUCACUUUUGUAUUCUCACCAAACAAAACAUUAUAAAGUUCAUGUUCUCUU